AUGUCACAUCUGUAUUCCAAAAUUAAGCCUACAUUGUUUAACACACUCGACAAGGUGACCCAUACGAUGGAAAAGGAUAAUGACGGUGACGGACCGAUAGGACCGCCAAGACCGGAGGACGGAGCUAGGUUGAAAAGAUCACCAAAAUUGAAAGGCAACUCCUGGAUACCGGGACUGAAGGGUAAAAGCGGAGAACGAAAAUCAUCAAGGAAGAAAGAGAGGGAUAGGCCGCCUGAACCUAAAAGCAAAUCCUGGUUCUAUAAAUUCUCGAUAAAACCUAAAGGAUCGAAGGGUGAUUCCGGAAUAUUAGCAAAACCGGGCGCGAAGGGCGAAGCCGGACCACCGGCACCGCCAGGACCAAAGGACGACUCAAAAGGAACGAAAAGCAAAGCUGGGCCACCAGCACCGCCAGAAGGAAAAGGCGAAGUAAGAACGUCAGAAUCAAAGCGCAAGUCAUGGUGGCAACGGUCAAAACCAAGAGAGGAGAACGAAAACAAACCAUUAGAAGAGAAAGGGGUAGAAAGAGAAAAAGCCUCUUCGAAGACCAAGGGCUCAUGGUUUUGGAAAUCAAGAAAACUGGAAGGAACGCAAGGCGAAAACAGGCAACAAGGAGCAAAGGGAGAAGCCGGAUACCCAGGAAAACCAAGAGCGCAGGGUGAACCCGGGCCGGCAGGACCACCGGGAAAGCAAGGACCGCCAGGGCCGCCAGGGCCGCCAGGACCGCCAGGACCGCCAGGGCCGAAAGGAAAACCUGGGAAGCCAGGAAAGAGAGGAAAGCCUGGGAAACCAGGAGGGAAAGGAAAACCCGGACCACCUGGGCCAAAAGGGAGGCCUGGGCCACCAGGCGAAAAAGGGAAGCCCGGACCACCUGGGCCAAAAGGAAAACCUGGACCACCAUCAGAAGCAAAAGGUGAAGCCAGAACGCCACAAUCAACGCGCAGAUCAUGGUGGCCGUGGUCGUUAAAACCAAAAGCAUUGGAGAACAAUUACGAACCAUUAGAGGAGGAAGGAGUAGAAAGAGAAGCCUCUCUGGAGACGAAGAGCCUACGGUUGAACGCUCCACCGAGAGGAGCGCAAGGCCAAAGCGGGCAACCAGGAGCGCAGGGCCAAGCCGGUCCUGCAGGACCACCAGGAAAACCUGGACCGCCAGGGCCGAAAGGCAAACCUGGACAGCCAGGACCAAAAGGUAAUCCUGGGAAACCAGGAGAGAAGGGGAAGCCCGGCCCACCUGGGCCGAAAGGAAAACCUGGACCACCAGGUGAAAAAGGGAAGCCCGGACCACCUGGGCCAAAAGGAAAACCUGGGGCACCAGGAGAGAAAGGACAGCCUGGGCCACCAGGACCUAAAGGAGAGCCUGGACCGCCAGGACCGAAGGGCGAUCCUGGUCCGCCAGGAGAGAAAGGAGAUCCAGGACAACCAGGAGAAAAAGGUGAUCCAGGAGCGCCAGGGGAGAAAGGUGAUCCAGGACCGCAAGGACCUCCCGGUGACCCUGGACCUCCAGGAGAGCCUGGCGAUCCUGGGCCGCCAGGAGAGGAUGGCGAUCCUGGGCCACCAGGAGAGGAUGGCGAUCCUGGACCACCAGGAGAGGAUGGUGAUCCAGGACCUCCAGGACCGGAUGGCGAUCCUGGACCGCCAGGACCGGAUGGGGAUCCAGGAACGCCGGGUGCUCCUGGAGAUCCUGGACCGCCAGGACCGGGUGGAGGACCUGGAACGCCAGGAUCGAAUAGUGGCGGCAACAUUCCAGGUGGACAGAAUCCAGGCAAGUGUCUUAUGUUCUAUGUAGUAGUUUUAAAUUGUGUGGAUUUGGUGAAUCCAAAAACUGGUGUGUCGGAUUGUCCUCAACGCAUAUAUCUUUGCAAUGAUCCUAUAUAUUAUCAACUUAUGACCGAACAGUGCCCAAAAACAUGCGAUAGGUGCGAUGAGUGGGCGAAGAUAGCGGCAGGUAAUACUGCUUCCGGUAAUGAUGAUUGCGUAGACCGGGUAAAUCCGAAAACGGGAGUGUCAGAUUGCCCAAAACUCAGACAUUUGUGCAAUGAUGAAAAAUAUCGUGCUCUCAUGGCUGAACAAUGUCCGAAGACAUGUUAUAAUUGUGGAGCCACAAACAUCACCAUCACAAGUUCUCAACAGUCGUCAACAAAAAUUGUUGUAAAUAAUGUGCAAGUAACGUCGACGACAAAGUCAGGUAUCAUUUAA